CUUGACCAGCGGAUGAUUAGUCAGCAACCCUAUCCUGAACCUCCCUGACCCAGCCAGGCGCGUGCUCAAACUCGGCGAUCUGUCAGAAGAAUUUAUACAAAACACCAGAUAAGGUCUAGCGCAAUGGGGAAUCUGUACUGUUUCCGUUGUUAUCGGUUGUUUUCAUCGCUACGGUCGCUACAGCAGCAUGUCGAAGAUUCGCUUCACCAUAAUCGCUGUACUGUAUGUGGGUUCGAUGGAAAGACGUGGGCCGAGCUACUAGCCCACCAUCGCAGGACAAACCAUCGUAUUGUUUGUCAAGGCUGUGCGGGCGGGCUGGGAAUGGCCUGGCUGCCUGGGUGUCGGGAAUAUCUGGACCAUCUUCGUCGCGAAAACGUGUGCGAAGUCUGCGAAACGCACUUCCAGUCUCCUAACAACCUCGAUCAGAUAAGUGAAGCCUUGAAUCCCCAGGGUCGAAACCAAGCGUGACCGGCGCUUCACAGCAUCUAGUGGUACAUUUAGACAAAACGAUCCAAUGCUACGGUUGCUGCCGGAUGUUCACCACGUACCAUGGAAUGAUAAUUCAUUUGGAAUCGGGCGUGUGCCAAUCUCAAAUCGACAGAAUAGAUCUAAACAGGUCCGCUGCCAUGUGUUACCAAUGGAAGGCAUACCUUGACGAAGAGUGGCGAGACGAGCUGCUCCAACGACAUGACCUGGAGCAAGAGUACGUCAACAAGAUCUAUGCUUUCCAUUGUCCGGAGUGCAGGACGGUAUUUUCCACGCUAUCUGGCUUGUUUCAACAUGUGCACAGCAAAGUAUGCUUGCAGACUCUCUACAGCGGCAAGAUGGCCAAAUUGGUUAGGUGGUUGGAGAAGCAACACGAUGUUAGCAUGCAAUCCUAACCAUCCGACCAGGUGCUGUGCGCCUUGAACUUUUCGGCACCGGCUGCACUAAGAUGUAUUAUACACGUAUAGACGUAAUGACGUUCGCCGUGUCCUUGACAACUUUGGGCAUGCUUGGGAAGGGGUAGCCGGGGCAGAAGCAUGCCUUAAAUUAUUUACGAUCUCAUCCUAUCAACUUCAGACCUGAGUCUGGUAAUCAUCGUUUGGCGUCUCUG